UUUACGGUUUGAAAUUAUUAAAAUUUUGCCCUUUCUGACUCCCUCGAUCGCCCGUUCUCCGGUUUUCCGCCCGCCGCCCCCCACCUAUCAACCGACCCAACCAAACCAAACUAACCAACAGUUCGCAUUCGGUCUCUAUGCGCGCCGGACGUUUGCUUAACGGCAUGUAUAAUUUUUUUAUGCACAUCAAAUUGUUUAAAAACCUUAAAAUACCUUGAAUUUUGCUAUUGUAUCGUCGCAGAGUGACGUUCCAGUGAGUUUUGUGAAGAAAUACGCACGUUUCGUGUAAAAAUUCAAGUGAUUGUGUGAUGGGCAAUCGCUGAACAGCGAAGAUGAUGAAGCGGACAGGAGUCCCGAGGCUUGGGCCUGAUGAGCCCACGUCUAUGCCUCCCCAGAACCCUACUCAGAUUCAACAAGCAGGUGCAAGCAACAUGCACACCCUAGCUCAGUCGGCUCAGCCGCAGAUUUUAGACAUCAGGUCGGCAGUGCCAGUGGGCGGCGGCUUCGGUCGCGCGGGCACGCGGCCGCCCGCCGUCAUCAACUACCUCAAGGCGACCACCGGCACCGUGCAGUACGCCGCCAAGCAGCCGCCGCCGCCGCAGAGGAUCAAGGCGCUGCCGCCGCAGCAGCCGGCGCUGCCGCUGGGGCGCGCGUCGCCGGCGCCGCUGGCGGGCCCCCUGCCGGGCCCCGCGCCGCCCGCGCCCGCCGCGCCGCCCGCCGCGCAGCAGGCCGCCGGACAGUUCCAGCGGCUCAAGGUCGAGGACGCGCUCUCCUACCUCGACCAGGUCAAAUUCAAGUUCAACACGCAGCCGCAGGUCUACAACGACUUCCUCGAUAUCAUGAAGGAGUUCAAGAGCCAAACCAUUGACACCCCAGGCGUCAUCACUCGGGUAUCGAACCUUUUCAAGGGUCAUCCCGAGCUGAUUGUCGGCUUCAACACCUUUUUGCCGCCAGGGUAUAAGAUUGAAGUUCAGAGUAACGGACAGGUGUCGGUGUCCAUGCCGUCCCCCACGGGCUUCGGCGGCGGCGGCGGCAGCAGCAACGUGCUGCUGGGCGUGCAGCACCCGCCGCCGCAGCCGCAGCUCGUGCAUCUGCUGCCUGUCGCACAGUCUGUCAAUAACGCGAUCGUUCACAACCUAUCAGUGAACUCGACGCCAACCAACACGCUGCAUCAGAUCUCGCAAGCUCACCAGCAGAUUGAGGCAGCAGCGAUACACCAUGCUUCUACACCUGGCUCGGCCACGCCGUCGUCGACGCCGCACGCCGCGCCCGCGCCCUCCAGCCAGCCCGUCGAGUUCAACCACGCCAUCGAAUACGUUAAUAAGAUCAAGUCGCGGUUCUCGCGGCAGCCGGACAAGUACAAGCGGUUCCUGGAGAUCCUGCACGCUUACCAGCGCGGCCACAGGGAGAUGAAGGAGCCCCAGGCCAAGCAACAGACAGAGCAAGAAGUGUACUCGCAGGUAGCGAAGCUGUUCGAGAACCAGGACGACCUGCUGGCGGAGUUCGGCCAGUUCCUGCCGGACGCCAAGGCCGUGAGCAAGCCGGGCGACGCGCGCCACUACCCGCGCUCGCCGCCGCCGCACGCGCCGCACGCCGCCCACGCCCCGCACGCGCCGCACGCCGCGCACGCGCCGCACGCGCCGCACACGCCGCACGUGCAGCACCUGCUGCCCGCGCCGCAUGGACCACUCUCCGGACGCGCGGACAGCGAGGCCGAGCGCUUCCCGGGCGCGGCAGCCGCCUCGCCACCGCAUCUAUUGCACGCACCGUUGCCGAAGCACAGCAGCUCGGCGUCCAGCACAGUGACGGCGCCGCCGCAGCAACAUCACCAUCUCAAGAGGUCGCCCAGCUUCACCUCCUCCAGCCAGAUUGCAGCUGUGGGCGCCCCUCCCGCCAAGAAGUCCCGCCUGUCGGGUCUCACGGGCCCCACGGUGCGCGACGUGUCGUACGCGGAGGCCUCCAAGCUGGCCACCGUGCACGAGUUCAACUUCUUCGACAGGGCUAGGAAGGCGCUACGGUCGCAGCAUGUCUAUGAUAACUUCUUGAAAUGCCUGCUGCUGUUCACGAACGAGAUCAUCUCGUCGUCGGAGCUGCUGUGCGUGACGGAGCCGUUCCUGGUGCGCCACCCCGAGCUGCACAAGUGGCUGGCGGACUUCCUCGGCCCGCCCGAGCCGCCCGCGCCCGCCAACACGCUGCACUCCGGUUACAACAGCUGCGGUCUGGGUGCUACAAGCUGUGUGCCGGUACCGACGGGCGGCGUAGGUCCCGAGCGGCUGCGCUACGAGCCCGUAGGCGCGCUGGGGGCACAGCUACGACACGAGCGACCGCAGGGAGAUGCCGCUAUGGAUAUAGACCUGACGACGUGCAAGCGGCUGGGCACGUCGUACUGCGCCCUGCCGCGCGAGGCCGCCGCCCGACGCUGCUCCGGACGGACGCCGCUCUGCAAGGAGGUACUCAACGACACAUGGGUGUCAUUCCCUACUUGGAGCGAGGACUCGACGUUCGUGACGUCACGGAAAACGCAGUAUGAGGAGUACAUCUAUCGGUGCGAGGAUGAGAGGUUUGAGCUGGACGUCGUGAUAGAAACGAACGCGUCAACGAUCCGUGUCCUCGAAGGCGUCCAGAAGAAGUUAUCACGCAUGACUGCAGAAGACGCGGCCAAAUACCGUCUGGACGACUGCCUCGGCGGACACUCGCCCACCAUCCACCAGCGGGCGCUGCGCAGGAUAUACGGUGAUAAGGCGGUGGACAUCAUCGCCGGGCUCAAGAAGAACCCCGUCGUCGCUGUGCCCGUCGUGUUGCGGCGGCUUAAGGCCAAGGAGGACGAGUGGCGGGAGGCGCAGAAGGGUUUCAACAAACAAUGGCGAGAACAAAAUGAGAAAUACUAUUUGAAGUCUUUAGACCACCAAGGAAUCAACUUUAAGCAAAAUGACUUGAAGGCGAUGCGGUCGAAGUCGCUGUUCAACGAGGUGGAAGCCGCGUUCGCAGCGCGACGGCAGGGGCCGCACGUCGUCAUCAACUAUGAGAUGCAGAGCCGACAGGAAGCAAUAAAGAUCCUACGCGACACAGCGGAGCUGCUAAUCCACCACGCGCGGCGGCAGACCGCGAUUCAGAAGGCGGAGAAGCGUCGCAUCAAGCAACUGCUGCGCCACUUCCUGCCGGACCUGUUCGCACAUCCCAGGCAGCCGUUAUCUGAUGAUGAGAGGGAUGAAGAAGAUAAGGAUGACGCCGCGAGUCCGGGCAGUCCGAGCGGCGAGGGACAAGAUGACAAGAACAGCAAUGCUGUGAAACAAGAGAAACAAGAGUCGUCGGAAUCAGACAACGCGUCGGACAAAAGCGGUAAAAACAAUAAAAAUAAGGAAAACAAACCCAAGAACAAUAACAACACAGAUAGCAAAGAUGGUUCGAAUGCAUCGGCGAACAGUGUGAAGCGCACGAGCAGUAAUGAGGAGAUGUCAAUGAAGACUGAGAUUAAAGCGGAGCCGCAGGACAUCGAGGACGACUACAGAGACCAUCCGCCUAAUGAGGCCCGCUUCGUGUGCACGACGUCGUGGUACCUGUUCCUGCGCGUGCACGGCGCGCUGUGCCAGCGCCUGGGGGCCGCGCGCCGCGCCGCCGCCGCGCAGGCCGCCUCCCGCGCCGCGCCCGUGGCCAGCGCGCUGCGCCUGCAGCCCGCCGCCGCGCCCGCCGACACGCCCGCGCAGUACUACGACGUGCUGCUGGACCUGGUGCGCGCCGUGCUGGACGGCAACAUGGACGCGCCCGCCUACGAGGACGCGGCGCGCGAGAUGCUGGGCAUCAAGGCCUACCCCGCCUACACGCUGGACAAGCUGGUCAGCAUCGCCGUGCGCCAGCUGCAGCACUGCGUGGCCGAGCCCUGGUCCAUGCGCGCGGCCGAGCUGGCGGCGCGCGGCGGCAUGCGCGGCCCGCUCGCCUACGUGCGCCGCGCCGCCCGCCUGCUGCGACACGACCACUCCGUGUUCCUCGUCAAGCUGUACGGCGGCGACGACUGCCGCGUCAGCUUCGAGCUGCUGGACGCGGCCGGCAGCGGGCGCGCCUCGCCGCCCGCCUACCGCGCGCGCCGCGCCGCGCCCCGCGCCCGCCAAAGACGGGCCGAGUACUGGUUUGAUACUUGGUACUCUGCGUACUCGGCCGAAUAA